AUGUAUACAAUCAUCGUACACCUGAAGCCACAAGCGAUAACAGCGUUAGCCGGCAAUGACGAUGUGAAAAGGCAGUUAGUUAAUAGUGGAAUAAUACCGAUUAUUGUAUCAGUUCUUGCUAGACAUUGCAAUAACCCGACAUCAGCAGCUUUGACAUUAAAAUGCAUCGCGGCACUGGCCCUAAGAGAACCGGAACACAGUAGACAAUUUAUUGAAACUGGAGCCGCGGAAGCUAUCACAGAGAGUUUGAAGAUCCAUCAAACGCAACCACAAGUACAGAAAAACGGAUGCUGGGCAAUACGCAACAUAGUAGCUCGUUGUCGGGAUUUAAACACAAAGUUUCACGAACUGGGAAUCGAAUCUAUACUCAGUCGUUCCUAUGAACUAUUCGAGAAGGACUUUGGUUUUGAUAUCAAAUCGGCUUUACGAGAUUUGGAGUGCGAUAUUAAAUUAGACGAACAGUGGACUGGAAAGGGAAUUCACUUGGAAGAUUAG